AAAGGAGGUGUAUCUGUGUAAACAAUAUCAUUCGGUCCUCAGCGUCUCCAACACAAAACCAACUCAUCUAACAAUGCAAGGCCUUCAGAUUGUUGUUGUAUGCAUCAUCGUAGCCUUCGUCGCUACUGUCAAUGCAUACCCUGGAUAUUACGGGCAUGAAGAAUACGAACAUCUAUCUGCAGGUGAAAAGGAGGAUGAUAAGAACGCCUACCCCCAGUACAAGUUCGAGUACAGCGUCUAUGAUCCUCAUAGCGGCGAUGUAAAGAACCAAUGGGAAACAAGAGACGGUGACGCGGUGAAGGGGUCAUACAGCCUCAAGGAAUCUGACGGUUCCACCCGCGUCGUAGAAUACACUGCCGACAAGCUCAACGGCUUUAUCGCGGUGGUCAAGAAGGCCGGAGGUCACACCAAGCCCGAGAUAACCUACCAUGGUGCCAAAGCUCCGUACUGAUCCACUUGACAGUCAGACCAAUUCCACUUUACAUAUUAUUUAUUAAUAUUUAUACAUACUUUUUGGUUAAAUAAAGACGAAGUAACUCAA